UGCGCUUGGUAUUGUUUUGAAUAAAAAUAUUAUAUUGAUUUAAAAAAGAUAAAAUGUUUCACAAAAAGAAUGAAAUUCGUUCUGGUGAGUAUACAAAGUCAAUUUAUUUAUUAAUCAAUGAACAGCGUUAUACGGAUGCAAUAUCAGUGCUAUGUAAAAUACCUGAAUCAACGAAUUGUCGCGCUGGAUUAUCGCUACUCGGGUAUUGUUACUAUCAGUGCCAGGAGUAUAUUGAAGCUUCAAAUUGCUACGAGCAACUGUGUUUACUAGUCCCAAAUGAACCGGGAUAUAAAUUUGCAUAUGCUCAAUCAUUAUUCCAAUCGGGACUUUUUGAAGAGGCAUUCAAAAUAACAACAACUAUUGAAACACCUGAGUUAAGGGAGAAAAUCUUACAACUGCAAUGUGCUAUUCGAUAUUUCAAUGAGGAAUAUAGCAGCACUCAAACCAUACUUGCUCAACGAAAUCCAUAUCACGAGUCAACGUUGAAUGACGAAGGUUGUUUACUGUUUCAAGCCAACGUAUUUGAUGAAGCACUUCAGAGAUUUACAGCCGCCUUACAAAACGGUGGUUUUAAUCCAUUAACAGCUUAUAACGCAGCUAUGUGUCACUAUCGACGCAAAGAAAAUGCACAGGCUCUAAAUUAUAUAUCCGAAAUUGUUGAGAGAGGUAUUCGAAAUUAUCCGGAGCUUGGAAUCGGAGCCCAAAUUGAAAACGAGGGUGGCGCACGGAGUGUUGGAAAUCCACCUUCCUUAGCAGCAUCUGGUUUAACACAAAGCUUGAAUCUUAAAGCAGCCAUUGAGUAUCAAGAAGGGAAUUUAGAUGGGGCCCGAGAAGCUUUAAUGGACUUACCUCCGAGGUCAGAGCCUGAACUUGAUCCAGUUACGUUGCAUAAUCUAGCUUUAACUGAUACAUCUGGAGGAAUUGGGACAAGUUUAAGGCGCUUGGCCUUUUUACUUGAAAUAGGCCCACCAACAUGCCCUGCAGAAACAUUUGCGAACAUUCUGCUGUUGUCUUGCAAACAAGAAAUGUAUGAUACAGCCGCCGAUAUAUUAGCUGAACAUGCUCAUCUUACAUACAAAUACUUGUCAACUUUUUUGUAUGACUUACUCGAUGCAAUCAUCACUGUUCAAACCAGUCGUGAGGAGGCUGAUCAAAAACUAGAAAAACUAUCGGCACGUUUAACCACCAAAUUGCGUACAUUGACGGCAAAAAUACAGGAAGGUCGCGCUUCAAAUGAUGAUGAUAUAGUUAAACGAACACUUCGAGAAUAUGAGGAAGAACUGGAGAACUAUUUACCAGUUGCCAUGGCUAGAGCAUGGUUGUAUUGGUUGGAUGAUGAUUUCGGAACGGCUGAGAGAGAGUUUCGAAGUUCCGCUGAAUUUUGUUCCGAAUCACCGUUAUGGCGGUUGCAUGCCGCCCAUGUUCUAUUCAUGCGUGGCGAUAAAUAUAAAGAAGCAGCAGCAUUUUAUGAACCAAUUGUUCGACAAAAUUACGGUGAUAUUUUGAGCGUAUCGGCGGCAGUAUUGGGGAAUUUAUGUGUUUCGUAUAUAAUGACCUCGCAAAAUGAAGAAGCUGAAGAUUUAAUGCGUAAAGUUGAACGAGCGGAAGAAAUAAAAGGCAAUGCAAACGGACAUUGCUUACAUUUGUGUAUUGUGAAUCUGGUCAUCGGCACUUUAUAUUGUGCAAAGGGAAACUACGAAUUUGGACUAUCACGAAUAGCACACGCUUUGGAUAAUGCAACGGCAGGAUCUAGAUUAUGCCCUGACACCUGGUUUUAUGUCAAGAGAUGUGUGUUGGGACUUUUGACCGGGCUUGCAAAACAAACAUUAGUGCUACCUUCUGUUGUAAUUGAAGAAGUUAUAAACUUAUUGUAUACAUGCCAAAGUGCACAUAUGCCUGCUGUUUUUGAAACUACAUCUGAUGAAAAUCUCGAUGAACCUCAAACAAUUGGCUUGGAAGCAAGAAAACUGAAUGCUUUGCUGUUACAAGCCAUUGAAUAUGAAUGAAAUCAUUUAUAACUAUAAGAGAAAAAAAAUAAUUGAGUUUUUCAGAU